UAGUUCUUUCUCUUUUCAGUUAACGAACGCGCUUUAUCCGCUCAUUUUUUGUGUUUAGAGGUGGUUUUGAGUGUUAUUUUUUAAAAUAAUAAUCAUCAUGAUUGAUAAUUGAUAAAACAAGUAAGCAGCGUUUUGGCUAGCAUGAAUGUUACCCAAAAGAAAUAGUAAUGCAUCCUUUUAACUAUACGGUAUUGUGCAAGUUGCGAUCGCAAGCGCUGACUACUCGACUGCGAUAGCGAGAGUUUAGGCGACGGCAAUCAUGAUUGCUAACUUGCCGUUGCUAUUUGCUAACGGGCAUCCUACAGCUUUGUCCAAAAUCACUGCCAGCGAGUUGGAGAAAUUCAUAACAUUUAUGGUGACUUGUUCGUGGGGUCAUGAUACUGCAAAGGAUAUUCGGCAGCCACCGUGGUGGACGAACGACGUCUCCUUUUCGCAUCCGUUCAAGAAGCCUUUCACUGUACCCUCGGAUUGGGAAGCGAGACUCAAGAAUUUAGUGAAGAAGUGUUAUGACUACCAUAAAAGUGCAUUUCUCUUGGUUUUUUCUGCGCAACUUGCACGGUAUCCAAGGAACAGGCUGAGGUAUGUUGAUAACAGAGAUCAUACUACUUCCUUGUAUUACAGACCUAGUGGUCGCCUACUCGUUACUUUCCGAAAUGAAAACAUAUUCUACGAUAGGGAUGAGUCUUUGGAUACAGUUGAACAAAUAAAAUCUGCUGAUAUAUACUUGUGCGACAAUUGCGACAGUCACUUUGAUAAUUUAGAUGUGUUGAAGGCCCACGAGAGGUUGUGUAACAAUGAAAGUAUUCCAUCCAGUUCAUGCAAUGGUGGCUUACCUGAGUUUCUUUCAGCAUUAAAGUUAAGACCGAGUGAUCAAGCUGAAGAAGAUGUACACAAUAAGAACAAAGAUAUUGAUGCAAAAACUAGAAGUAUUAGAACAAGUGCUAAUUAUGACAGAGGACCUCCAUACCCCUUUUCAUCCUUGGCUUAUACAAAGAACGUUAAAACAAAUUGUCCUCGUGACACAUCAUAUUCAAGGGAGAGAAUAGAACGGUAUUGCUGUACAUCCACUGUACCUUUAAAACAUGUAGCUAGCAAAAGCAAAAGUAACCAAUUUCCUGUAAGAUAUAGGAGACCAUCUGAUUACUGGCAAAGAAAAUAUGUACAUCCACAGCAUAGAAAUAAAAAAGUAUUAGAUCUCAAUGGCCAAUUAUUAUUCCUUAAAUGUCGACCUAUAUCUGUUCCAGUAGAGAGAAUGUCACUCGAAAAGAUAAAUGAAUACAUAGAUAAUUUAAAGAAGGAGUCUGAAAGAAAGCGCUGCUUAGAGGAUAAGGACAUAGUGUACGUUGAUGGCCUGGAUUCUGAACUAGUUGAUGCAGAUGUGAAGAUUUGUGACCCAUUGAAGAGAUUUGAUACGGAAUGUGAAGUGAUUGAUCUGUGUUCGGAUGACGAAAGUCCAAUAGUUAAUGAGAACUGUGAUCCCAGAGCUGGAGUGACAUGUGUGAUGAAAGGUGGUGCAGUAUUACGUAGAACAGCUGCCACACCACAAGCUCUCCCUGCUGAGCCAUGUGGAGCUCGUGAAAAACCACUUCCAUCAUUGAUAUUACAGCCUCACCCUGUUAUUCUCAUUACACACACUUUGAACAAUUUGUCAUCAAUAGCAUUAAAUUAGUGUAAAUUAAUUUUAAUUGUAAAACCUAAUGACUUAUUUAUUAUACUAUGUAAUUAAA